AUGUCACACAGUAUAAAAGAUGAAAAGUUUAAUGAUAGCUUAAACAUAGCAGAAGCAGGAACUGGUGAUUCAUCAGCUGGUUAUAUUGAAGAUUUAGAAUCACAAAAUGAACAUGAUAUUGCUGAUGAAUUACAUCAAGGUUUAAAAUCUCGUCAUAUUCAAUUGAUUGCCCUUGGUGGUUGUAUUGGUACUGGUUUAUUUGUUGGUUCUGGUUCUUCUUUAAGUUCUUGUGGUCCAGCAGGUCUUCUUACUGCUUAUUUAAUUAUGUCUACUGUUAUUUAUUUUGUUAUGAAUCAAUUAGGUGAAAUGGUUUGUUAUUUACCAAAUAAAGGUGGUGCUAUUUCUGAUCUUGUUCAAAGAUAUGUUGAUGAAUCUUUAAGUUUUGCCACAGGUUGGAUUUACUUCUAUACUUUCUUUAUUUUAAUUUGUUCUGAAGUUACAGCUGCUGCUAUUGUUAUUGAAUAUUGGACAGAAAAAGUUCAUAUCGCAGUAUGGAUUACAAUUUUCUUACUUGUUAUCAUUGGUUUAAAUUUCCUUGCAGUUAAAUACUAUGGUGAAGCUGAAUUUUGGUUCUCUUCAAUGAAAGUUUUCUGUAUUUUGGGUUUGUUAAUCGUUGGUAUCGUUAUCUUCUUUGGUGGUGGUCCAAAUCAAACUUCUGUUCGUGGUUUCCAAUAUUGGAAUGAUCCAGGUGCAUUUGUUGAACAUUUAAGUUCUGGUAAUACUGGUAGAUUCUUAGAUGUUUGGACUGGUGUUAUUAAAUCUGCUUUUGCUUUCAUUGUUGGUCCAGAAUUAGUUGCAAUUGCCGCUGCAGAAACACAAAAUCCAAGAAGAAAUAUCGCUAAAGCUUCAAAAAGAUUUAUUUAUAGAUUAAUGUUCUUUUAUUGUGCAUCUGCUUUAGUUAUUGGUGUCAUUGUUCAAUCAAACAACAAAAGAUUAUUAAGCGGUUCAAGUACAGCUUCUGCUUCACCUUUCGUUAUUGGUAUUCAAGCUGUCGGUAUUAAAGGUUUAAACCAUGUUAUUAAUGGUGCUAUCUUAACAUCUGCUUGGUCUGCUGGUAACUCAUUCUUCUACGCAGCUACACGUUCAUUAUUAUCAUUAGCUAAAGCUGGUAAGGCACCAAAAAUUUUCUUAAAAGUUAAUAAACAAGGUGUCCCAUGGGUUGCUUGUGCUUUCACUGCUAUCAUCUGUUGUUUAUCAUAUUUGAACGUUUCAAGUGGUAGUGCUCAAGUCUUUACUUGGUUUACAAAUAUCUCCACCAUUUCAGGUCUUAUUGGUUGGGUCAUCAUUGGUAUUACAUACUUACGUUGGAAAGCAGCUGUUAAAUUCAAUGGUCUUUGGGAUCGUGUACCAUUCAAAACCAUUCUUCAACCAUAUGGUACCUAUUAUUCUAUUGGAUUCAUUUCUUUAAUUUGUUUAACAAAUGGUUAUGCUACAUUUUUUGAUUUUGUUGCUGCAGAUUUCAUUGCUGCUUAUAUCACAUUACCAGUUUUCUUUGGUUUAUUUGUUGGUCAUAAAGUCUUUACAAGAAAUUGGAAAUUAUGUUAUCCAGUUGCUGAAGUUGACGUUCUUAGUGGUUUAGAACGUACUGAAAAAAUGACAGAAAUAGCAAAAGCUAAUGAAGAUAAUCCAACAACUUGGUAUGGUAAAGCCUGGUCAUGGUUAUUAUGA